GUCAGCCAUCUGCCGCAGUCAGUUAGCUAGCUCCAGCGGGAAUGGAAAAUGGACGACUGACCCGAAGAACGAGGGCAUAUCAUCGGUAUUUCUAGCGUUUAGAUCCUUUGACCUUGUACCAAGACAGAUGACCACUGGUGCAAGGCUUUUGCUUUGUUUGAAGAACAACUCUGUUUAUCAUCACUGCUGAACUGCAGACAUUCUGUUUGAAAGUAGUGAUUGUCUCCAUCAUCUAUGGAGGAGAAUGCGAGCCCUGAGCUCUGUCUAGCUCCUGAAACAGAGCAGAGCCAGGACAGUAUGGAUAGCUGCUUUCAAGGAUUUGGUGAAGGGAAUAGAGAGCAGAAAGAACCGCUUGAAACUGAGAGCGAGAAUGUGGCCAAAGAGACUGUAGAGGAGCCAGAGAACUCUCCCCCGGCCAGCGGUGAGUUAAAGAAGACCUGGUCUUUUCGCCGGUCCACUGUCGCAAAAAGAGAGAUGCCAGUGGAGGCAACAACCGACAGUCCUGACAACCGCUGUCCUGUGCGGCGCAGCGGCAGGCAGCCUAAGCGCACUGACAAACUAGAGGAAUUCCUCUCGACCGCCAAAAGAGGGUCAAGAAAGAGCGCCCCUCCUAGUCUUGAAAGUGGAGAUCCUCCUUCCCAAACCCCGACCGAUGCAGAGACUGCUUCAGAGGCCAGCUUCGAUGGAAACGCUGACACUAAGGCUGCAGAAGACAAGACAGAGUCUCCAGAGAGGAGGACGAGAAGCAGCGCGAGGAAGCAGCCCCAACGGAAAAGUCGAGGCGGCAGACAAACUCGAGGAGGCGGUGGUGUGACAGUCAAAGACGAGGGGAGCUCUGAGAACGAUGAAGACAGCAGAGACGCUGCCAAGAAAGACCAGCUGCAGGAUAAAGAGGAAGAGAAAAGGGACGAAGAGAGUAAUCCCAAUCCUGAAGAUGUAGGGAGCACUAAUGUAGCACAGCCUCAGCCAGAGCAGGACUCUGAACAGAAAGAGGUUGUCGAAGAGGAGAACCAACACGGAGAUGAAAACGACAAAGAGGAAACGGAGAAGGACUCGGACAAUGAGACCGACGAGGAAAGCACCGACAAUCCUGCAGCAAUGACUGUCAAACGUGGACCCAUAAGAACAUACAUCAAUAAAAAGAGGGUCGCCAGUAAGAACACGACCCUUGUCAAAGGUCCCGCCUCCACCAACAAGGUCACCACUGCUGUCAAGAGGGAGACGAAGCCUAAUGCGACCCAACCUCCAGGAGCAAUGCGCAACCCCCAAGACGAAAAUGAGGAUGAUAAUGACUCUUCAAUGUCUUCAUCUUCCUCCUCCACGUCAUCCUCCAUGGAUUCAGAUGAGGGAGGUUAUGACCCCAAUGCACUCUACUGCAUCUGUCGCCAGAAACACAACAAACGAUUCAUGAUCUGCUGUGACCGCUGCGAGGAGUGGUUCCACGGAGACUGUGUGGGCAUCACUGAGGCCCGCGGGCGCCUGAUGGAGAGGAAUGGGGAAGACUACAUCUGCCCCAACUGCACCGCUAAGAAACACCAGCUGGUCCGACCCGCCACUUCCAUGCUCACUUCAAACAUAGAUCUGGGGAAGGCCAGAGCGUCGACUCUCAGUUUUUCUGCUGCGACUUUUGGCAGUGGGGUAGACGCCAGCAUGUCAGGGUUUCAGGUGGGGGUGGCACCUCUUUCCUCCACUGCUGGAACUGAAGAGAAGGGAUCAGAGGACCAGGGCAUCAAAGGCAGGAUAGAGAAAGCCACUAAUCCAACUGGGAAGAAGAAGAUGAUUAAGAUCUUUCAGCCGCAGCCAACCCAACCAAAAGCAGUCCAGAAAGCCGCACCAGCUGUGGAAAAGAAGGCCGAGCAGAAAGCACAACCAGACACGGAGCAGAAAGUGGCGUCAAACGUAGAGGUGAAUACAACAGCAACGGGGGAGGGGCGAGAGGAGAGCCCCGGGCAGAAAGCUGAGGACGAGUCUUCCUUCCCCAAAUGUAUCGGGCCAGGCUGCGAGAAUAACGCUCAGCAGGACUCUGUGUACUGUGGUAACGACUGCAUCCUGAGACACGCCGCUGCCGCCAUGAAGUCCAUCACUGACGUCAAAGAGCCCAAGCAGAAGGUCAAGGCCGCGGAAAAGAAAACCAAGUCUGCACCAAAGAGGAGCGCCGCUGGUGGCAGGAGGAAACAAAAGAAAGCAGAGGAGGAGGACUCGGACAGCGAGGGAGACUACAGCUCAGAGCCAGAUGAUGAUGAUGAUGAGGACGAUGAUGACGACGAUGAUGAGGAUGAGGAUGACGAAGAGGAGAAUGCAGAGGAACAACCGCCCCCGCCGGCCACUGCGUCCUGGUCCAGCGACCAUAAUUACAUUGCAGUAACACCAGAAAAGACUACACCCAUAUCACCAACAGUUUUAAACAAAAAGUCCCCCCCUAAGGAAGAGAAGCAGAGCGAGAAGGAACCUGCUCAAGCAAAAGCCCCUUCUCCAACUAAAGGAAACAAGAAGUCCACAGCGAGUAAAGCAGCCAAGGUUUCCAUGAAAGGCAAGAAGCCUCAGACCACCACCCAGAAGGCGUCAAAGAAACCUACGACACCCCCAAGUAAAACUGCAGCAAAGUCCAGGAAACCUGGUCCGACACCCGUCCAAAACCCGUCUCGCUAUCCUCAGGGUCCGAUCCACGUCACAGGAGCGCUGAGAGUCACCAAGUCCAACUUUACCAUUCCUAAGAAGCAGCCACAACAAAAGGACCCUCCACCCUCCAGUAAGUCCUCUUCAUCCUCCCGAGUCCCAGCAUCUCCAGCUCCUCCAGCUCCCUCCAGCCACUCCUCAUCCUCCAGACCUCCACCUCCAGCGCCUACUGCGUCCCCCAUGCGCCCCCCACCAAACAACCAGAUGAGAACAAACAUCCGCCGCUCGCUGACUGACAUCAUCUUUAAGAGGGUGAGCGACAGUGACGACCUGAAUAUGCCUGAGAGUGAAGUGGCAAAGCUGUCCGUUGCCAUUGAGAAGGAAAUGUUCAACCUCUGCCUUAGCACUGACAGCAAAUACAAGAACAAAUACAGGUCCCUCAUGUUCAACCUGAAAGACCCCAAAAACAAAGGCUUGUUCUACAGAGUGGUGGGUCGUGAGGUUAGCCCCUUCAGACUGGUGAGACUGAGCGCUGAGGAGCUGCUUUCCAAAGAGAUAUCUGAGUGGAAGAAGCCCGAUACUGCCGAGGCUCACUCCCCCGGUGCAAGGGCUCACUCGGGUCACUCCAAACUGGGCAACAGGCAUGACUCGCAUAGCAUGGACAUGGAGGACGCUCCACCAACCUCUGAUGGGGAUGUAUGUAUCUCUGCCAACCCUACAUCUUCUCGCAUGGCCUCUGCUGCAGACCAAGAUGAGUCUAUGCCCACUCCUUCAGCCUCGGCUCAGCCCUCUGCUGCGGAGGGGAACAGUGGCAGCAGCAUGCCAGACAUUUUCAGUACAAUGCUCAAGGACACUACUGCCGAACACAGGACUCAUCUGUUUGACCUCAACUGUCUGAUAUGCACAGGUCAGAAGUCAGAAGAUGAGCCAACUUCUAAGAAAACCAAACUGACCAAGAAGCCUGACACUAAGCCUCCGAGACAAGAGCCGCCCUCCUCCAGGUCGGGGGACGUCUCUCCUACUGUCCAAGUUCCUCUAUCCUACCAGCCGACCGUGGAGCCAGCUGUCCCAGAACCACAGCCGCAGCUGGACCUCAGUAUGCUGGCACCUACGGCCCAGCCCCCUGCACCCAUCACCCCCACCGUGUCCUCAGUCAGCAUCACCCGCAGAGACCCACGCAUGGCCAGGCACAGCGCCGCGGUGACCGUCACCUACCCCGCUGCAGAGAAACCCCCCAACAGCUCAGCAGAGGCACUCCCAGCUCCCGUCAGCGCUCCAGUGGAGGUUGCACUCAAGGCACCGCUCCCGAUGCCCCCGGCUCCCCCGCCUUCAGUCUCUGCCACCAAACCAGGGAAAACAAGUUCAUCCGAGCCUCCUCCUGAGGGCGAGACGGCGAUCUUCCUCCACGGUCAAGAGAAGAUCUGGAAAGGACUCAUCAACAUGCAGUCCGUGGCCAAGUUUGUGACCAAGGCUUAUCUGGUGUCGGGAUCCUUUGAACACCUGAAGGAGGAUUUGCCAGACACCAUUCACAUUGGAGGACGGAUAUCUCCAAGCACAGUGUGGGACUACGUUGGAAAACUGAAAACCUCCCUCUCAAAGGAACUAUGUCUGAUCCGUUUCCACCCGGCCACAGAGGAGGAGGAGGUGGCGUACGUCUCUCUCUUCUCUUACUUCAGCAGCAAACGGUUUGGUGUGGUGGCUAACAACAACCGGCGUAUCAAAGACCUCUAUCUCAUCCCGCUGAGCUCAAAGGACCCAUUACCCUCCAAACUCUUACCGUUUGAUGGGCCAGGGCUUGAACCUGCUCGUCCUAACCUCCUCUUGGGCCUGCUGAUCUGCCAAAAGGACAGAAAGCGAGCCGGUGGUCCAAUAGAAAGUGAGGAGAAACGAUCAAAGACUCAAACCAGAGAUACUGACGACACUGGCCUUCCAAAAAUAUCUCCUUCAGUCAGAGGGGACAGAAGCUCGCGACAGAGUCUGGAAAUCCCCUUCAGCACAACUCCUCCGGGGUCCCCUCCAUCUAACUCUUCUGAGACCUCCACUAGCGCUACAGCCACCUCCUCCAUCUUUUCCCUUUUGUCCUCUGUCAAAGCGACAUCCACUGUUACCGGCAAGGAGUCCCCGUCUUCCUCCAGCUCUGUUGCUUCCUCUGCUGCUACGCCUCUUCAAACCAUCCUCAACACUCUUUUUGGGAAGAAAAAGCACGACUCAGAGGCUUCCAACUCUCCGUCUGAUAACGGUGGGGAACUCACCAUACCGUCCGCCUCAAUGCUCGACCCCAUUGUGCAGCAGUUUGCACAGAGCUCUAAAGAGAAACAGGAGGAAGAGGACGAAGACGACCGACCGUACGAUCCAGAAGAAGAGUAUGACCCCAGUAUGGGCUACAAUGUGCCUAAGAAGCCUGCAGUGAUGGAAAUCAAACCUAAAAUCUCCAAGCAGCCUGAAGUGGUUGCAAAUGAAGCUGAUGAUGUAGCGUACGAUCCAGAGGAUGACUCCAUUUUUGAAGAUGUCAAACCUGUUGUACCAGUUCAAGUUAAGGUUGAGUCUCUUACUGAUCCACAAAAGAUCUUGGAAAGCCUUAAACAGAUUGGGGAUCAAGCAUUCCAGAAACAAGGAGAACAUCAAAUAUUAUCUACAGUGACAUCUGAUGCUUCACUGACACUCCCAGACAAACUCUUAACUGCACCUACAACAUCCCUUUUGGCCAAUUCUCAGCUACUGCAGCUUGGCAAGAAGGUUGAGGAACUAGUAAAGUCUUCAUCAGUUGCUCCUUUGAUCAACCAAAGGAGGGAUCCCCGACAGAGCAGGGAUCCUCGCCAGGCUGCAGGCGACACGAAACCGACUGACGAACCUAUGGAGCAAGAAAUGUCACCUGGUCCGUCUGUGGAUUCUGCAGUUAUUUCACAACCUGUGGUUCAAGACGCUAAUCUGGGUGAGGUUCCUGAACUCCCACACUCCUCAGAAGGCCUAGAGACAAUGCUGACUCAUGAGGAAGUGAAAAGCGAGACAUUACCCUUCUUGAAGUCGGAGGAAACGGAGGUAGCAAUUCCAUUAUUAGGAGAGGAGGUGGAUCCUGAUAUGGAAGUCAACUUCAUGGAUGAGGCAGAAGUGAAAACUGAGGAAGCUGAGCCAAUCAAGCCAGAAACAGAAUUGGACAAGUACAGCAUUUGGCCAAACGCUGCCAGUAUCUUAAAAGCUAAUGAGGAAUCAGAUUAUGAUGACAGUAGCCAAGAUGCGUCAUCCAGGAGUUAUUACAACGAGCCUGCAAACACGUCCCAAAGACCUUCCACCAUCCCAGUACUCACUCAGAGCACAAAAAUGGUUGACAAUCUGCACUCGCAUGAGCUCCAUCACAUGCCGCAUCACAUGUCAGGCUUCGAUAGAGAGUACAGACCUCCAGCUGACAUCCCCCCCCCAUCCAACUUCCCCCCGCACCAUCCGAUGCAGGGACAAAACCUGGUUUUAAGGCCUCCUCCGAUGUCUAUGCCACUACCCAUGCAGGGCCACCCUCCAAUGCCAGGCCCCCCUCCUAUGCAGAGACCCCCUCCACCCAUGCACGUUCCUCCCUCUGUACGUGGUCCUCCCCCUAUGCAGGGUGAUAGCAGCCAACAAUAUGGUCCCCCUCUGACUGCAUACCCUCCUUAUCAGAACCAGUGGCAAGGCUCCCAACCCCCACAGCAGCAGCAGCCCCCGCAGCAGCUUCCUUCUGCACCACCUCCCCAUAAUAUCAUGCCACUCCGAGGACCACCACCAUUUCCUCCCAUGGCCCAGAGAGGCCCAGCUCCACAAAUGUUUAAUCCCUCCAUUCCCCCCCAGCACAUUGUACAGCAAGGGCCUCCUCCAGGUCUGCCCCCACCUCCUACUUUUGAUGGACAGAAUCUUCCACCAAGAUUCGCGGGUCCUCCGCCUCCAUUUAACUUCCCUGCAAACAGAGGUCCUCCUCCACCUUUUGCCGGGCCACCCCUUAGUCACUUUGAAAACAGACUCCCUCCUCCGUCCCAUUUUCAAGGGCCCAGGGGUCCCCCGCCAUCUCAGUAUGGUGAACAAAGGGCUCAACCCGCCAUGGUGGACCAACCUCGAGGCUCUGCAGAACAUUAUAACAGAGACAACCCUAACUCUUUCAAACUGAACGUGGAGCAGAAUCCAAACCCUCUACAUAUUUAUAAAGACGAUCAGGGUCCCCCCCGAGGUCCAGCAUACCGCGGCCCUCCACAUAGUCAGUAUGAGGACAGAAGAGGUCCACCUUCCAGUGGCGAGGUAAGCGGACAGCACUUAAAUCCUCAUAACCAGUACGAGAGCUCCAGACCCCUCUCUUCACCUCCACAUCGAGGAUCUUUCGAUGAGCACCGCGGUCCUCCCCCUCAGGAGAAUAGAUCCCAUCCAUCUCAGCGUUUCGGUGGAUCGGAGCGAUACCGCUUAGACAGGCACUCCGAUGAACCUAGACCUAUCCGUCACACUGGGCCACUACUGCCAACCCCUCCGGAUGCUCCCAUAGGUCCUUCGAGUCGCAUGGGAGCUCACAGUCCAGACCUGCACCGGGACGACCCCUGGAGGCGCCACUCUCCUGAAAUGAGGAGGAGGAACAGCUCCACCCGAGAGGACUCAGAACCUCGCACCGGAGAGCGCUUCAGUCGCUUCGAAGGAGGGCACAGAGAACCUGCUCCUGGUCCCUUACAACCCUCUGAAGAGAGACAGAGGGAGCUGUCCGAGGACCGCCGGAGGGAAAGAGAACGGGAUGUCCCACACCCAGGCAGGCCCUUAUGGGACAGGGGCCAGGACAGGCGGUGGAGCAGAGAGCAUGAGUGGGAUAGAGCCAGAGAAAGGGACCACGAUCCAGAGCGCAACCGGGAAAGAGAACGCGAUCCAGAGCGUAACCGGGAAAGAGAACGCGAUCCAGAGCACCCCCGGGAAAGAGAACGCGAUCCAGAGCACCCCCGGGAAAGAGAACGCGAUCCAGAGCACCCCCGGGAAAGAGAACGCGAUCCCGAGCGUAUCAGAGAAAGAGAACGGGAUCCGGAUCGCACCAGAGAAAGAGAACGGGAUCCGGAGCGUACUAGAGAAAGGGAACGGGAUCCUGAUCGUACUAGAGAAAGGGAACGGGAUCCGGAGCGCACCCGGGAUAGAGAGCGGGAUCCGGAGCGCACCAGAGACAGAGAUGUUGAUCUGGAGCGCAGCCGAGAAAGAGAACGCGAUCCUGAGCGCAACAGAGACAGGGAUCACGAUACAGAGCGUCCCAGAGAAAGAGAACGUGAUCAGGAGCGUACCAGAGAAAGGGAUCCGGAGCGUCCCCGAGAAAGAGAAAGGGAUCCGGAACGUCCCCGAGAAAGAGAAAGGGAUCCGGAACGUCCCCGAGAAAGAGAAAGGGAUCCGGAGCGUCCCCGAGAAAAAGAUCAUGAUCUGGAGCGCAGCCGAGAAAGAGAACGGGAUCCGGAGCGUACCCGGGAAAGAGAGCGCAGCAGAGGGAAGGAGGGCGAAAGGGCCAGGGAGACGGAGGGGGAGCGACACAAGGAUCAAGACACAGACAAGAGAAGAGACCGGGAAAGAGACAGAGCCAGGGAUUCUGACAGGAGGGACCACGACCGCGAUAGAGCGAGAAACCGUGAUCGAGAACGUGAGCGUGAUCGAGAGCGGGACAAAAGGCGGGAUAGGUCUCGUAGCAGGGAAAGAGACCGAGACAGAGACCGUGGCAAAGACCGAGUCAGAGAGAAGGACAGAGACAAAGACAGAGACAAAGACAGGGACCGUCGGGACAGGAGCAGAAGCCGUGAAAAAAGAGAGGAAAAAAAGGACAGUAAACACGAUACAUCCAAGGAGAGGGACAAAACUGCAGAAAAUGACAAGAACGUGUCCUAGUCAUUUCCACGGACACUACUCAGCGGUUUUGAAAGAGUUCAGUCUUUCAUCGGUUGAAAAGAGUUGUAUCACUGUAAAUGUAAAUGAGCAGUAUUUCGUUAAAUUUCCACAGUUGUGUUCAUACUAGAAGAAAAAAAAUGUUCGUAUUGUUUUUGUCACUUCUAACUUGUUUCACCAUAUUUGAAAAACUGAAGGCCAUUUUUGUUGCUUGUGUACAAGAUGUAUCCGAGGAGCAACAAAAUCCUAUUCCACGUACCUUUCCCCUGUCCGAGCAGUUUUUUAAAAGAAAACUAUAAUGUAAGUGACUAACACGCCAUUUGCAAUAUGUAAAUAGGAAUUUAUUUGUGUAUAUACUGAUGUUUUUAAGCAUACUUUUCUAAGUAGAGAAAAAUUAAAGCCAUAUAUCUGAGAUGGAUAAUGUGAACGUAAAGGAAACACUGUUUACUUACAAAUAUGUCUAACACCAUUGAACUAAAAGGUUCCAACUAUCUACAAUCAUUGGAUUGUCCUGAUUUUGUUUCAGCUCAGCAAAUUAAACCUGUUUGAUGACA